GUGAUGUACACCAUGACAAAAACCUCCUCACUGCUCACACUCACUUCUGCUUUCGCACAACAUGAGAAACAACAAAAACCUGAACUUCAAAUCAUUGGAACUGAAGUGGAAACUCACCUGAUGUUCACUGAAGACACGUUGAAUUCUUCACAGCGGUUCUUAGCACUGAAAAGCCUUGUUGAUGAGAGAGGUCAGAGGAGAAUGGCCAGAAUGGUGUGAGCUGACAGGAAGACCACGGUAACUCAAAUAACCACUCUUUACAACCGUGGUGAGCAGAAAAGCAUCUCAGAAUGCACAACAUGUCAAAUCUUGAGGUGGAUGAACUACAGCAGCGACAGUGGGUACAGACUCACCGAAACUGGACAGUUGAAGAAAUGGAAAGAAAGUGAAAAUGACAAAUUCAGGAUUGCAAUACAAUUGACAACAUAUAAGUACACAGUUAACAGCCCACCAGGCCCUUGCCCACCCACAACACGCACACUGAGCCCACCCAUGACUACCUAAAUGUAUUAGGAGGAGGGAGAAAAAGAAAAUAUGCGUAGAAACAAGGUCAAAUUAAAUAGGUUGCAGGGGGAAAUGUAAAGGUAAAUUAGAAUAUCGAGGGCAGUGAUUUUAGAAAUAAAGGUGAGGAAAUGUUCCCAAGUCUGAAAAAAGUCAUGUAUGUCAGCGCUCAGACCUGAGUGAGUACCUGAUUCUCCCUAAAGUGGGAAAAUGGGCCACAUCAUAUAUUACAAAAUGGAGGAGUAGCAUGUUUCAACUUGAAUAAAAUAAGAGUUUGUUUAAAAACUCCUAAAGAAACACUCAAAUAUUGGUUGUCUGAAAACUACGAUGGCAGGGCAGUCCCAAAACAUGACACGGUUUAGCAGGAGCUUAGUGACAUCUGGCACACAAAGGGUCCAACAAUGAAUGAAUUGUGAUCUUAGUCCAGUAUAUUGGGGACACUAGUGUCUGUGGAAUUAAACUGAGUAAAGCAGAGAUUUAAAAUUUCACUUCUUUAAAAAGCUGAAAAAACUUCCUUAAAAAGUACACUUAGAAAUAAUUGUGUGUUAUAUGUAACAUAUUAGCUUGUGUAUUAUCCCAGCUGGAGAUUUUCCCCAAGAGACGACUCAGAGUCCUAAUCAGUGUGUGGACGUCCUCUCUCACUCAGGAUGCACCUGCUGGCCCCUGAUCUGUAAUUUUAGCUCCAUGUAAAUGAUGUGGAGUCUCUCUUUCACUUCUCUCUGAGUGGAAGAACGACAAACUCUGUGUAUUGAUGCAUUAAAAAUUCCAUCUAGAAUGUAUUUGAGUUAAACUCAGUAAAGCAGUAGGAUUCCACAGAUGAUAUAAAUACUGAAAUAGAUACAACAUGAUAACUUUGACUCUAAACAACUCAGUGUAAAGAUGUACAGAUGUAAAGAUGUGUACUCUAAAGCACAUGACGGUAAUGUAGUGGCUCAGCUGUGGUGUGUGUUGUUGAGCGUCUCCUCCCUCUGCCCCUCCUCCUGUCUCUCUUAUAGCACAUCCCUGCAGUCUCUCCUUUAUCUGCUCCUCACGCUGCUCAUCUCUUCACUCAGCACGAGAGUCUCCUCACACACGGACACGAUGCUGCCAGCGCUCUGCUCUCUCUUCACUGCUCUCUCAUGUGUCAGUAGUGUGAUUGCAGUGACGCAGAAGCCUCCUGUUCUCACACUGACUCAAGGACAGACGGCCACCAUGGACUGUAAUCUGAGGACUGUUGUUAACGCUGCACGCUGGUACAAACAGGUUCCAGGAGGAGUUCCUCAGUAUAUGUUAAGUAAUUUUCAUGAGUGGGACGCUCCUAAAUAUGGAUCUGGUUUCUCGUCUCCUAAAUUCACAUCAACACACUCCUCUAAAUCAGAUUACAAACUGAUUAUCAGUAAUGUAGAGGUGGGAGACUCAGCAGUGUAUUACUGUCACAGAUGGGACAACCCUGCUAAAGAGCACGUAUUCGGCCAAGGAACAAAGCUGAUCGUCAGCGACGCUGCUCUCCCGGCUCCUGUUCUGACCGUUCUCCCUCCAUCCAGUGAAGAGCUGAAGUCUAAAAAAGGAACUCUAGUGUGUUUGGCCAGCGACGUGGCCGGGGGUUUUGCUGAUGUGCGUUGGCUCGUCAGCGGGAACUCGGUCACCAGUGGAGUCAUCACCGGCUCUGCACAGCAGCAAGCCAAUAAGAAAUUCACACUGACCAGCUAUUUGACCAUCGACAGCUCCGAGUGGGAAAACGACAAAGUCAUAACAUGUGAAGUGUCUGCUGCAGGAAAAACCGCAUCGGUGAAGAUUAACAAGUCUGAAUGCAGUGAAUGAACCUGAUUACAGCUUUUACCUGUUUAUUGUUUAGCUGCAGAAAUGAAUAAAAACUGUAGUUUUAGCUGUAGAAAACAAGAACUGUUUUCAUUAUUAGAAAUUGUAAUGUCCUGAUGAUGCAAUCAUUCUGCUUUUGUGUUUUAGAAAUAAGUUGAAGUCUAAUAAAGUGCAUAACAGCAAAAAGUUUAAUUUGGACUUGAUUAUAAUUUUACAGACAUCAAAUAAAAAAUUGGAAUGGAUGAGUGAAAACUUCAGAUCACACAAAUGUUAAAACUGCUGAACUUUUAGUGACUCUGAUGCCACAGACGAUUCAACUAAAACUUGACCUGUACACAUGUCGAGAUUUUUAGGCAUUUAUUUAAAUCUAAAUCUCCACACUGCAGGAAUAAAGAAGUACAAAAGAUUAUGAGGAAUAUUAACCCAAAUUCUAAUCAAAUAUUUGUAUCAAAGGUACACGAAUAAUGUGAAAAAAAUCACUCAGUUACUGAUCAACGUCCUUUCAGUUUUAUCAAAGCGAGUUCAUUCAUGUGAAAGUGUCCGACACGCUUAAAUAUAAACUGAACAAUAAAUAUGGAAUAACAUUUUAAACACACAAAUGUGUAA